GAAUCGGCAGACAUUUUGAUUUCAGGAGAUCUUCCACUCUGUGUACACAAAGACUUGCCGUCAAAUUCAUUGUCAACUGAUGGCGCUCGAGGAUAUUGCUCUAAAUCAGCCUCUACUCGACACGAGGCAUAGUUAUGUCUGCCCUUGAGGCCAAAGACAUCCUCGAAGAUGCAAUCAAUUCCUUUCGACAGCGUCAUCCGGCUGCUGUUACCGAUCGAUUCAUACAUGUAACGUGCGACCACGUGAAGCAUGACAUUCUUGAACUCCAGAUACGUCAGGAGAAGCAGAAGUCUAUGCUCAAUCUCGCCAGAUUCCAGUCAGCUUUACUGGCGUUCGAGCAACUUGUAGAUGCUGCACGAUUGAGCCAGGAGCAAGCAGGGUUCAUAUGGGGGCCAACCAAGCAGAUACUCAAGAGUGCAAAUGAUGAGAGAUCAAUCCUUGAUACUGUCCUCAACGCAUACUAUGAAUUGGGCACAUGCGUGCCACGCACGGUGCCCCAUGAAGACCUUCUGCAAGCCAGGCCCGAGCUGCGCAAGGCCCUCGCUUACAUGUACCACGAUGUUCUGUUGUUCCAUGCCGACGUGCUGGGGCCGCUUACCUCUGGGGAAGGAUGGAAGCGGACCUUCAAGGCAAACUGGAACGACUACGUCAAUCAUUCAUUUCGCGCUCUUCUCAGGAGAUUUGAUCAGCAUCACCAGCUGUUCAAAAGCCAGCUGGAUUCGUGCAAGGAGGGCGCUCUUGAGGAGGCUCUCGAUGACUUUUCAUACCGGCUGAACGGGCAUGUUCAGGACUACCGGGAAGAUCGAGACGAUUUUCUUAGACACAUUCGUCAGUACGAGGAGGAUCGCCGAGUGCUCCUGAGAAAUGCAAGAGAUGCCGAGGCGAAGCGCAAAGAGGAUCAGUUGGAGAAGAUGCUGGCGUGGCUCUCGACACCAGGAGUUGAUCAGGAGCAGGAGGAGCAUCACCAGCGCUUCCGGGACAUUCGAGAGGAGGCCAAAAAUACUUGCCAAUGGAUUUUGCAAGACGAUCAUAUGCUUAACUGGCUCAACCCGGAGACGGUACCCCGACACUCCAUAAUAUGGAUACAUGGCAAACUGGGUUGCGGCAAAACGGUUUUGGCCUCAUCCAUCAUUGAUCGGUGCAUGAGGUACCGGUCCAGCAUAGGCCCCGAGGACAGCGCCCGAGACGCCGCGCUCUCCAUCGAAGAUCAGCAGCCGGUCUUCAAGACCAGCUUUUUCUACUGUCGGGAGGAAGGCUCCAGGCAAAACGACACCAUGACCAUUUACAGAUCUCUUCUACGCCAGAUGCUCCGGCAUUUUCAAGAUCUACUGCCGGUCUGCCAUGAGAAGAAAGCCAAGGGGCAGGUCACUCUGAACCAUGAGGAAACGGCACAGAUUCUCUUAGAGCUCUUCGCGGAUGCCGACAUGAACCAGUUCAUCAUUAUAGAUGGGAUCGACUCUUGCAACUCCGAGACUCGCCGCGUCGUUGUGAAUUUCCUCGCGAAACUGGCGGAAAGAUGCGAAGAAUUCAGACCGGGAAAGCUACGCGUUCUCCUGGUGAGCAGGGACCUGCCGGACAUACGCAAACUGAAGGUUGUCGAGGGGGCAACAACAAUAAUCGAGAUGACGACGAGACAUGUACAAGAUGAUAUAGGGUUGUACAUUGAUGGCAAAAAAGCGAAAAUGAAGGACCGCGGCCUAGACGAGAAUGACAUCCAGCGGAUUCGCAGACAAAUCCUGAGAAGAUCAGAUGGAAUGUUUCUCUACGCUCAAAUCGUCAUGGAUAAUUUGCUCGCACAGUCAGCGGUCGGGGACAUUCUAGCAGAGCUAGAGGAGAGUCGAUUCCCCCGGGACCUGGCCUCAGCGUACAAUGCAAUUGUCGAACGUCUCAAGAAUCAACUGAGCCCCAAAGGGUGGAAACGUGCUCAGCGCGUGUUUGGUUGGCUGGCUUGUUGCAAGAGGCCAUUGCUCUGGCAUGAGAUUCAAGCUGCUCUUGUCAUAUCUCAUGACAAGCAUAGCGGAGAGCUGGUCCUCGACUACUACAAAGGAAGGCUUCAGAAAGACAUAGACCAGACAUGCGGCUCAUUGGUGCAAGUACUCAAGGGGAGGAUAACAUUUGUCCAUCACACGGCCCGAGAACAUAUCUUACAAGGUGAAAACCUCGAUGAACGGGUAGUGGAGUGUGAACUCGCCAUCGCCUGCCUCCAAUACCUAGGAGGGUCCUGCUUUCGCCCGGGCGACGACCCGAAACAGCUUGACAAGUUUGUUGAGGACAAGUUUUAUGCUUUUCAAGACUAUGCCGCGUCUAAAUGGGACCAUCACCUCGGAGUCGUGCUGAAAAACGGCACUGGCAUAUUUGAAGACCCUGUCAGGGGCGGCAGCUUCCAGAUCAAGCUUUCCAGGGCAGCCACAGCAUUCACAACUGCUUUUGCCAAGAGCCUCGAGCCUCGAGAUCAUAGCGGAUCCAAAAGAAGUGCGAUAUCUGAGCCGGAGAGGCAGGCAGAAGACGCCAGACAGAAAGCAGAGUCUGACUGUCAAGCUUUCCGAUGCUACUCCUUCUACGAUGCGAUGGUUGUCAUUAGGACGCAUCUUCACUUCCACGAAGCGACAAGCGACGCGAAGCAACGCAACAAAAUCAGCCUUCAUGAUCUUGAAGGUUCUAUUCAAAAGAUUCGGGGCAGAAUGGAGAGCACGUGGCUCGCUCUCGCGGAGGGAGGAGAGGAGGAGGCCCAAUUCCAGGAGUACUACGGCCUCAAUGUUUUCAAGUGCGACCGCAUCGCCUGCGACUACUUCUAUCAGGGCUUCGAGAACCAGGAGCUGCGGGACGCACACACCAAGCGGCAUGAGCGGCCUUUUCUCUGUCCCGUGGCCGGCUGCAACCUCGUCGCGUUUGGCUUCUCGACAAACAAGGACCGCGAGAAGCACGUCCGCAGCUACCAUCCAGACGACCCUGCCAACACGGGCUUCGGCCCUGUGCCGCGGGACCUCACGCCGGCGAGCAAGGACAACGCUAGGUUCAACUGCCCGCAUUGCGGCAAGAACUUCACGAGAAAGGCGAUCAGAGAGGACCACAUCAACGCGCACUUUGGGCAGCGGCCCCAUCAGUGCUCGCUUUGUGACAAGGCUUUCACAAGGGCAAACGACUUGAGGAGGCACAUGACUCAGAAGCAUUCUCGGCGCAUAGUGAGGUGAAUUGACAGUCCAACGGGGACAAGGCCAC